UUGGGCUCCUCCUUCUCUCUCUCUCUCUCUCUCUCUCUCUCUCUCUCUCUCUCUCUCUCUCUCUCUCUCUCUCUCUCUCUCUCUCUCUCUCUCUCUCUCUCUCACACACACACACACGCGCACACACACAGAGACAGACAGACAGAGAGAACCAGGAAGUAACUCCUCAUUUCAGAGAAAACAAAACUGAUCUCUGUGUGUGUAAGUUCAAGAGAAUGGCAGAAUUAAAUUUUUCAGUGGAUCAGUUCAGCUGUGCUGUGUGUCUGGAUCUCCUGAAGGAUCCGGUGGCUAUCCCCUGUGGUCACAGUUACUGUAAGGUGUGUAUUAAUGGAUUCUGGGAUCAGGAGGAUGAGCAGGGUGUCUACAGCUGUCCUCAGUGCAGAGACACUUUCACUCCGAGGCCUGUUCUACGCCGAAACAACAUGCUGGCUGAAGUGGUGGAGAAACUGAAGAAGACUGAAGUCCAAGCUGCUUCUCUUGCUCACUGUUACGCUGGACCUGGAGAUGUGGAGUGUGAUUUCUGCACCGGGAGGAAACACAAAGCCGUCAAGUCCUGUCUGAUGUGUCUGGCUUCUUUUUGUGAAACUCAUUUUAAACCUCAUCUAGAAGUUUCUGCUUUGAAAAAACACACCUUUAUUGAAGCCUCAGGAAAACUAAAAGAGAAGAUCUGCUCUGAACAUAACAAGCUGAUUGAGAUCUACUGUCGUACUGAUCAAACCUGCAUCUGUUAUUUAUGUAUGAUGGAUAAUCACAAAGGACACGACACCGUCACAGCCGCAGCAGAAAGAGCUGAGAAACAGAGUGAGUUAAAGGAGGAGCAGAUGAAAUCCCAGCAGAGAAUCCAGGAGAAGCAGAAGAAGGUGCAGGAGCUGAAACAGACUGUGAACACGAUUAAGUCCCGUGCUCAGACAGCAGUGGAGGACAGUGAGAUUAUCUUUACUGAGAUGAUCAGCUCCAUGGAGAAAAAGCGCUCGGAGGUGACGGAGCUGAUCAGAGCUCAGGAGAAGGCUGAACUGAGUCGAGCUGAACGACUCCUGGAGCAAAUGGAGCAGGAGAUCACUGAUCUUCAGAGGAGAGUCACUGAGCUGGAGCAGCUUUCACACACACACAAUCACAUCCAAUUGCUCCAGGCUUUAGCUUCUGGACGUCGGUCUCCUCCAUUAGACCGACCAGAGUUUCACACAUCCAGCAUCACUGUCCAUCAAAAUCUCUCAUUUGAUGGAUUGAGGAAUUCUCUCUCAGAUCUGAAGAAGAGACUCGAGGAAUUCUUUGAGGAGGAAUUCAACAAAAUCCCACCACAUGCUGCAGCAGUUCAGAUCAUUUCACCAUCAGAGCCACAGAGCAGAGAAGAUUUUCUGACAUAUUUCUGUUAUCUGACUCUGGAUCCCAACACGGCACAUCGUAACCUCAUUCUGUCUGAGAAGAACAGAGCAGUGACAGCCAGUGAGAGAGAGCAGCAGUACACUAAUCAUCCAGAGAGAUUUGACACCGUGUGCCAGGUGUUGUGUCAGGAGAGUGUGUGUGGACGCUGUUACUGGGAGGUGGAGUGCAGCAGUGCUGUGGACAUCUCAGUCUCAUAUAAAGACAUCAGGAGGAAAGGACGGGGUAAUGUGUGUGUGUUUGGACGCAGCAAUCAGUCCUGGUGUCUGUGCUGUUCUUUUUACUCCCUAUGUUUCUAUCACAACAACAUUAAAACUCAGCUCAGAGAUCCAUCAUCCUCCAGAAUAGGAGUGUAUGUGGAUCACAGUGCAGGAAGUCUGUCCUUCUACAGCGUCUCUGACACAAUGAAGCUCCUCCACAGAGUCCACACCACAUUCACUCAACCUCUAUACGCUGGGUUUGGGCUCCACUGGUUUGGUUGUACAUCUGUGAGAUUGUGUGAUCCAGAAUAAAGUGUGUAGUGUUUUAUGUAAAAUUCCUGCACGUUGCCACAUUGUUGCUCAGUCAUCUGUCUUAGUAGCACACAAUCCAGCUGCACAAAAACAGUCAUUUUAAUGUAUUAAUUAAAACAGAUUUUACAAUAAUCAAAAAUGAAAUGUUAAAAAUGAACUGUCAGACAAGAAACUAGUAAAAUUGUAAAAGAAAAUGAUCAAAUGAUAUCUCGUGAACUUAGUAUUAUAAAGUUCUAUCUCUUUGUUUCAUAUUAAGCAACCUCUCAUUAAAUAACUAAUAAACAGUAAUAAAGCCAGUACAGAACAACAUUUUAAACCUACAUGAUUGGCUAAGUCUGCCUAUGUUGUGCUCAUCCCAUAUUCAGCGCGCAUGAUGAUUGGCUUGCAGAUAGAACCUUAUAAAUCCAAGUUUAUCUGUCAGUUUGGAAUUUGUAUUAAUAUAUUACAAUCAAAGAUUUGCAAAAUAAAAGAUAACACUACAGGAGAAUAAAGAUUCCCCCAGUGAGGAAGUUUAUGUGGUUAACUCAUUUUCAAACAAAAUGCCAGACAGAAGCUUUUAAUACUGAGGUCAAGAUUUGUCAGCAAUCCAAAGCACUUUCCAUAAAUAUUUUUAGAUUAUUGAAUCGAUGGGAAAUAACUACUUAGUAUUAAAUGUGUUUGUGACAUACCUUUUAAUGUUCUAAUAUAUUGUGUGUGUGGAUAAUGAUGAUAAAUAUGUCUCUGUUAACUGUAUCUGUCUGUGGUCUGACUCCUGAUUUGGAUUCUGAACAUGAUUGUUCAUUUUCAAUAAAAUAAAACAACAAAUCCAUUACAGUUCUCUAUUCUGAUUGGUGAGAAGGUGUUGAUUAGUUUUCUAUAACAGCAGCUCUGACAGUAGUGCAGGUUUAUAUUAAUGCGCUUGUUCUAAUAUGUUAUCGUUUCUAUAGUAACAGCUCAUUCACAGGGA